AAAAAAACUUGAAAUGUAAGAUAUGAAAAUAUAAAAGCCAUUUCAAAUCGUUACAUACAUAAACAUCGUUUUACUACAUUUGUUUUAAAAGUUUUGCGUCAUGGAGGAACAACAACAACGACGAGUCAUCUGACGUCUUUCCUCGUUCCUCGUAUGCAAAUAACCUGCUUCAUAUCUCAAGAUGACGACCAGUGACUGAAGUCAUUCAGCCAUGAGACUCACCAGCUCUGCAUUGUCCUUUCGCCUUCUCAUCCUUAUAUUCAUCUUCAGUUGUAAAGCGCUGGCUCUCAAACCUCGGUUUUUAGGAAGAAACACGGACCAGAGCUUCUCUCAACACAGAUCUGUUUCAUACAACACUUUAUAUAUUGAUCAGCAGAUUGACCACUUUGGCUUUUUGGAGAAUGGCACGUUUAAGCAGAGGUAUCUCCUCAAUGACCAGCAUUGGCACAAGGAUGGAGGCCCAAUCCUGUUCUACACAGGCAAUGAAGGGGACAUCACAUGGUUCUGUAACAACACUGGUUUCAUGUGGGAUGUAGCAGAGGAGCUGGGAGCUUUGCUGGUUUUUGCUGAACAUCGCUACUACGGAGAGUCUCUGCCUUUUGGAGAGGAGUCAUACAGCAACGCCAAGUAUCUGAACUACCUGACAUCAGAACAGGUUUUAGCUGACUUUGCAGUGCUCAUCAAAGCUCUUAAAAAAAGCCAGCCUGGCGCUGAGAAGAGUUCAGUUAUCGCAAUAGGCGGCUCCUAUGGAGGGAUGCUAGCAGCCUGGCUGAGGAUGAAGUAUCCCAAUGCUGUUGUAGGGGCUCUUGCAGCGUCUGCUCCCAUCUGGCAAUUUAUUGUGCCAUGUGGAGAGUUUUACCGUGUGGUCACUCGUGACUUCACCAUCAGUGGCUCCAACUGCAGCAGCAGCAUCAGGAGCUCAUGGGCUGCUAUUGACAGGCUCUCUGCAACAGGUGAGGGUCUGCAGUGGCUUUCUCAGACAUUUGGACUGUGUGGUCCUUUAAAGUCUCAAGAGGAUGUGUUCGGCUUUAAGGCUUGGCUGCAGGAAACCUGGGUGAACUUGGCCAUGGUGGAUUAUCCAUAUGAAGCCGACUUCCUUCAGCCACUGCCAGCCUGGCCUGUUAAGGUGGUCUGCAAGAAUCUUCAGUUUAAUAAGGGUGUUUCAGACAAACAGCUGUUGAAUGGGGUUUCUCAAGCUGUGAGAGUUUACUACAAUUACACUGGAGAUGCAGUCUGUCUCAACACAUCAAAGACCGCUACCGGAAAUCUAGGCUUCCUGGGCUGGUUCUAUCAGAGUUGCACGGAAAUGGUGAUGCCCAUGUGUACUGAUGGCAUCAAUGACAUGUUUGAGCCUCAGCCAUGGAGCUUCCAGGCCUUCUCAGAUGAGUGCUACAACCAGUUUGGAGUGCGACCACGAGAAGACUGGGCAGAAACUGUAUAUGGAGGGAGAAACAUACAUGCUCACAGCAACAUCAUCUUCAGUAAUGGGAAUCUAGACCCAUGGAUGAGUGGUGGAGUGACCAAGAGUCUGUCUGAAUCUCUGCUUGCCAUUAUGAUUGAUGGAGGUGCUCACCAUCUUGAUCUGCGCUACAACAACGAGCUUGACCCACAAUCUGUCAUUAAAGCAAGAUCGCUGGAAGUGCAGUACUUCAAACAGUGGAUCAAACAUGCAGCAACUACAUAAUAAUAUGAGAACAAGAUCAAGAAUGUUUAUAAAUAUGAUUGCAAAUAAAAGUUGACUUUAAGUCCCAAUCCCAAUUCUAUUUUUGUACCCCUACCCCUUAACCUUCCCCUUGGCCCUUACAACCGAGCGUUAAGGAAAAGGGCUUCAAAAUUUAUCCUUAAGAAUUGGGACAGCACUACACCACCUGCACACAUCAACAUAUGUCCUCACGAUCUGAUGCUUCAUAUGAGAUCAGACGAUCGCGACUUCUGUAGUUAUUCUAGUUUUGUUUUUUCUUGGUAUUUAUCUUUAGGAAAUCACUAAAGGCAUAUAGUAUGUUAUGAUAACGAUCUAAUGUGCCAAUAAGAUCGUAACUGUACUGUGUAUUUUACACAGUGGCCAUAUUCAUCAAUGUAAACACCAAAAACAACAUUAACAUUAUAGCAAACACUGUAAAAUGACAAUUGACAGCCACUAGACAUUACUUACAGGGUAUUCAAAUGUCAGAAUGCUGUGGGACUGUUGUACAGGAGUUAUUAAUAGGGAUUAUAGAUCGCGAAAUUUAGCGUUUUGUUUGUUAAAGCAUGACGGUAAAACACGAGCGUGGUUUUGAAUGUAUUAAAACACAUGUUUUUUUUGUCGUAAAAAUUCAUAAUAAUGACAAAAAAUACUAAUUUGUGGACCUCAUUACUUCCAGGUUCAGCAAUAUUGCCUUUGUGGCAGGUGUAUUCUGAGAAAAUUUCUUACCCCUUGGUUUCAAGUGUGGUCCUGAAAAAUCUUCGUUCGAAGGGCUAUUCACCCCUUCCCCUUAGCCUUCAAGCUAAAGAGAAUUGGGUAAGGGGAAGGGCUAAGGGGUAGAAUUGGGAUUGGGCCUAAGUGUGUCCACACUUGCCAGAUAAAUUUAAAAAUGACAUUUUUUGUGUGUAAGAAAGCUUUGCCUCCACACAUCCACACUGAAAUGACUGAAAACAUUUUUGUGCCUGUUCUGCUUUUGUACAUCUUAUUCUUUUAUUUAAUUUUUUGGAUCCAGACUACACUGCAAAAAAUAUUUCUGAAAAAUUGUUGCAAUUUAUAUGGAUUGAAUUUACAGAAACAAAUUCAACUUCGUAAUGUUCAACCUAAUUAAUUUGUUUAAAUUCAGCCCAAAGUAAUUGUUUCCAACCACAUACCUUAAUAAAAUAAAUAGUAAAUCCACUAAAUCAUCCUUAAAUAUAUUGUUCAGUGUUGGGCUUUCAUGAUUUUGCAUUUUUCACACAACGGGUAUUGUGGUUAAAAAAAUUAACAAUAUCUUUAUACUGUAUAAAGGUUUCUAUAGAGACCUUAGACGAAGGUUUUGUUUAUUUGGAUGAUUUGUUCUUUGUUCAUUUUAAACUUAAAGCAAAAAAUAAAUGGUCAUGUGUGCAAAAA